CGAGCUGAGGGUUCAUGGACGCUUCAUUUGGUCCUAACCAAUUAGGAGCAAAUGAAGCGCAUGCUAACAACACCACCCCUGUCCUUCCUCAAAACUUCUCUUCUCUUUCUGAAUUCGUAAAUGAGACAAAGAAACGAAACGAAUCUACAAAACGUAUAUUAAAAUCUGAUAUUGCUUACAAAAAACAUGGUGUUGUAUCUAAUCAGUACAUAAAACAUAAUAAUGAAACAAAAUCGAAUGAGUGCACUAUACAAAAUUCUAUGAUUACCCGAGAAACUACUGUGUCGAACGUCGUAAAACCUGUAAGUCCACUUACAUCCACUCCUUACCGUAUAAAUCCUGACAUAUCUGUAAAGAAUAAGUGCUUAAAUAUAGACGGUAAUGAUUGUCAAUUUACACAAAACAAUAUGGAUAUUUAUAAAGAUAAUAAUACCCGCUCUAUACGAUCAGUAUCAUCGCCACAGCUAACAAUUAAACCCCUUACACGAUCGAAAGUUUAUAGGAAAGCGUCUUUGAAAUCGAUGAACUUAUCGAACUCCACGUUAGAUAAUUCUACACAGAAUCAUUGUAGAAGUAACAACCUGGCAUCAAAUAAUCGAAUAAUUAACAUUUCUAAUUGUUCCAUCACUUUCACAGAUAAAGAGGUACCUUUCUCAUAUCUUUCUGCGACCACACAAGGAAUCGAAUCGAACGACACCCAGAAUAAGUGGAAUAUGGGAGAGGUACAUAUUACUUGUAAUCCACUGUCAACACCGUAUCCAUAUUCCACGCCUCAUCGUAAUAUUAUAAGCGAAACUGUAACAGAACCGCUAGAUGAGGAACCAAAAAGUCGCAGCUGUGGAAGUUUUUUACCAAUUUUAUCAUUGAUCCCCCAAACGGUAAUCAGUUUUCAGUAUUUAAGCCCGAAAAUGAAAUUCUCUUGGUGGAGAAACAAAAUCUCGUGAAGGUACGCUUAAUCGGCCAUUUUAGCGCAAUUAUUGCUGGUGGUCUUUUAGCGCAAUUAAAUGCUAUUUGGUCAAAGCUCUAUGAAAAAACCUCUUACCUCGUAGUGAGUUCCCAAUCUUCAUCAGUUAGAGGUAUCCUGAUCAUCGUUACACGUGUCUAUCAAUCAGUCUAUACCCUUUUAAUACUACAAGUAGGGUUGUACGGAGAGAACGCAUGCAGUUUAGAUCUUCAACAAAGUAUAAGUAGAAUUCCUUCAUUCUGUGCAUACGUUUUGCAUAAUGUGAAACGACUUGUAAGUCCCAUUGAAAAUAAUGUCUAUAUUGUACAUUACAUUGUCUGUGGGAUCCUCUAGUCUAUAAAGUGUUUUCCUAAAACUUUCCUAAUUUAUGAGUAGAUCGAGACAAGUACCUUUUACUUCGUAAAGAAAGAGUCUCUUACCAUUUUGUCUACUUAUAGCAAUAUUCGUAGAAAUUCACUAUAGUGAAAAUCAAAAAUAAAAUCACAGUAUGGAUCUAAUGAGGCACAUCGAUCAUAGUGUAAUUUUAUGAAAUUUAUGCUUCUAAUAUUAUCUUUUCCUAGAAGAAGUGUAUUAUACAUCGGAUCGUAAACUAAGUAUUUGCGUUUAUUUCUUAUUAUAAGGAGAACCAUACAAAACAUUUCCUGGUCAAUUAAAUAAUUUCCAUGAAAAAACAAAUAACAUAAAUAACAAAUAAACGUGAGCACUUAGUUUACAAACUAAUAUUUUCAAAUAUUUAUGACCAGAGACGAAAACACUAGUAGUUAUUUAAACAUAUUUUCUUUUUAUUAGGAUCCCUCGUUAAGCGAUUAUGUUUUUUCUAAUUUAAUGUACUUAAAAGAGAUAUAUUACUGAUCCAUACGAGCUUCUGAUGACAUUAGAAUUUUUAAAACUUACAUCAAAACGCGAUUGAAAUAUUCCAUGUGAAUAACUACUCUAUGUGAUAUUAUUAAAAAUAUGAAGAAAAAUACACCAGUUGGUGUCAUGCAAUGUUAAGAAUUUAGAUGAAUUCUUUAUCAGCCUUAUGUCGAGUUUCCUAUUACAUUAAUUUUCAAUUUUAUGAAAUGGAUGAAGCAUUCAGGUAGUUUAAAAUGCUAUGAUUAAUUGAAUCAUUCCUAUAUGCGGUGCGUGUAAAGCAUACGUGCGAGCGUUGUGCAUAUGACAAGUUAUAUUUCCUCUACAACUUUUAUUUCUCUAUGAGAAAUAAUAUUGUUUAAUAUAAUUUAUAGUUACAAAGAAUCUAUAUUGCAAAGGCAUGAUUGAAUUUAAUUUUAAUUAUAUUUGUUUGCUUGAGUUUUCAAACCUUUUUUUUAGAAGCAUUGACUUUUUAUUACGUCUCUUCACAUACUUGUUUAUUUUCGCUUCGAUGCUCUCUGUGUACAAAAAUCUCGUUACAAUUUAUAUUUGAUUCAGUUUUGCGAUUACAAGUGCUCAUUUUAUAUUUAUCGAGUAAUAAAUGUUUUUUAUGAAUA